CUUCACAAUAACACCCUGGUCUCAAAUCAACAUUGUACCUGCGUCGCCAACCUCUCCUUAAUAGUGAUAUUUCCUCAAGUAUCUCCAUAUGGCAAUUCCAAUGAAUAGACUGGGCGGUCGUGCCCUCAACCACGACAAUUCUGGCGCAGAAGCCGAAUAUGAUCGCCUCCGCGAUGCGGCGCGUCAAGAGGCCGCGCAACGCAGCUCAUGCUUCGACCGCGCGCAUCAAGCGUACGAAUCUGGGAAUGGCGCUCUAGCCCAUCAACUGUCCGAGGAAGGGAAACAACAUGCGGCGCGGAUGGACCAGUACAAUAAACAGGCCUCAGACUAUAUAUUUAGGGAAAACAAUGCUGUUGGAAGAGUCGAUGGUGAUACUAUUGACCUCCACGGACAGUUUGUAGAGGAGGCAGAAGAGAUAUUGGAGCAAAGGAUUCGAUAUGCCCGACAAAACGGGCAAUCGCAUUUGCAUGUAAUCGUAGGCAAAGGAAACCACUCUCGAAACCACGUCCAGAAGAUAAAGCCGCGCGUUGAACAAGUCUGCCAAGAGUUGGGUCUUCAAUAUGCCACGGAGGAGAACGAGGGUCGCAUGUACAUCAACUUGCAAGGCGGACCUGCCGUGAUGCCUCCUGCACCACAUUACGGCGGUGGACACCAGCAACAGCAUGGCGGACAGGGACAAUACCAUGGUGGACAACAGCAGCAGCAUGGCGGUCAACACCAGAACCAGAACCAGCAACAGAACCAAAACGAGGAGAUUGAACAAGUGGUCAAGAAGGUCCUUCCUGGUUGCAUAAGGGCCCUGCGAGGAUGCUGUGUGGUUAUGUGAGGGAAGAUAAAUGUCGUAGAUGAUACCCUUGGAUAUACCCGAUUUUGCGGAUGCAAAAAAUGAAAGAUGAAGGUAAUUUGUAAAAUAGAAGGGAGGGCACUGGAACGGUCUUUCGAAAAGCCUUGGAUGUUACAAGUAUUUGUACCACAUGGCUGCGCUUAAAAAAUCACGGAGGAUAUGUGUAUGUUUGGGUAGAGAUUACCACAAUAUAAGAAAUCAUCCUUCAC